ACUGUUUUAUAAAUUAAAAUUGCUGCACUAUAGUAAAAUGUGAGCUGUCUGUCAGUUUCUAUUGCUCAGUUACAGAUUCACAGGAAUCACGCCACUUUUCUCUGAAUCAAAUUCACACCAGUUAAACAUUGUGGGCAGCAUUAUGAAGAUAUGUACAUUGGCUGUUCAUGCUAGCCCCUGAGUUGUGACAGCUUGCCGGAAUAUUGAAGCAUUCAGAAAACAAUGGCAGGUGGUUUCGGCAAUGUCAAGCUGGAGACCGAAGAUGAAAAGGUGUGGAGCAUUUGCAGAAUGCCCUUCUGGAAUUCUACCACCAUUUCCUCUGAUGUUGAUAAUAAUAGUAACAUGCAUCACCAAACUCAGUUGGGUUUCGAUACAGCUUCCACUCAUCAUCAUCAUUCAUCCACUUCGCUUUCGUCUCUGGCGAUGUCUCUUCUCCCCACCAGGCGCAGACUCUCUCUGGAUCCUACGAACAAGCUCUUUUUCCCCUAUGAGCCUGGUAAACAAGCCAGGAGUGCUGUAAGGAUUAAAAACAUUAGCAAGACUCAUGUAGCUUUUAAGUUCCAGACAACUGCACCAAAAAGUUGCUACAUGCGCCCUCCCGGAGGAAUACUCACUCCUGGAGAAAGUAGUCUUGCAACAGUUUUCAAAUUUGUGGAGCCUCCAGUGAAAGGUGAGAAAUUCUUGGGUCAGAAAAGCAGGGUUAAGUUCAAGAUCAUGAGCUUGAAAGUGGAACCAGGAACGGAUUACAUACCAGAGUUGUUUGAUGAACAAAAGGACCAAGUGUUAGUUGAGCAAAUUUUGCAGGUUGUUUUCCUCGACAAAGAAGGACCUUCUCGAGAGCUGGAGAAACUAAACAGUCAACUAGUUGAAGCUGAGGCUGAGCUGGAGACGCAUAAAAAUCGUCAAGAGGACUCAGGGCCGCGGAUUGUGGGAGAAGGACUCAUUAUAGAUGAAUGGAAAGAGAGGAGGGAACGCUAUCUUGCUCGUCAGCAAGUUGAAGGGCUCGAAUUAGUGUAAGAGCCUGGUGUUCAUCUUUUCUAUCUUUCAAAGACUUGAGCAGAAAUCAGUGUUCUUUGGAAAAGAAUGUGCAGCCUCCAAAGCCUCCAUCAUAAGAAGCCAGUUGCUCAUUCUGACUUGGCGGGAUACAAGUCUACAUUUAAAUUCUAACCUUCUCUACGCUUCCAUUUCUAAUGCGAGCACAAAGGCCUCCUCAUCUAGCUGUAAACAUAAUUUGCUUCAUGUGAGAACUGAGAAGUGUUAUGCUUUCUAUGAGACCGUACUCUUUUGUUUAAUCCAAGUGGUUGUUGACCCUUUAUCACAAUUUCAAUUAAUAAUCACAAAUAUUAUGUCA